CCUGAAAAAACCCAUACACAUUCUCAAUUGAACUUAUCCAUCAUGGACGACUGGCAGGAAGCUGUAUUCACGAGGAGACAUGUUCACAAUAGUUCCAGAAAAUCAAAUGCAGGCGGGGGACGCGGUCGACGCGGUGGGGGGUUCGAAGUCAAAAAGGCAUUUGGUAACUACGAAAUCAAGUGCCCAACUGCGAUCAAAACGAGCUCAGAGUUGGGGAGGAACAAAAGGAAUGCCGCAUCUCCAACCUUGGACGUUUUUCGUCUAUCCGAAGAUGGCAAGGGUUUACUAGGAUAUUUGAGUCUGACAGGAACCCUUGAGGCCAGCAUCAUCUUGACAGGAAGCAGAAAAGUACUCGAACACUUGGUAUCACAGUUCGAGAACGAACAGGAAUCAGAGAUUGAUCUUGAUAAAGACGAGGAUAAAGGGUCAUACGAUAAAGGCCAAGACGGAUCUGUCCAUGACAGCACUCAUCAAGCUGAAGACCCCUUGACAUCGGACGACCAGGAAAAUGCAGAUCAGUCAGCUGAUGAACACCAAGAAGACAAGGAGUACAUCCGGUUUCAACAGUUCGAAAAGAACAGUUUCCGCUCCCCUAAAUUUUGGUUUCAGUGGAAGGGACAGGUGAUGACGUCCUCAACAACGCCGGAUGGCCACGCAGCCGAAAUCCCUAAAGUCGAUUCCGGGAGGGGCUACAUCGUCUUCUCGGGCAAUGAUUGCCGUUCGUUCAAGGGAACAAUCACAUGCGAUACAUUAAACUGGAAGGACGUCUCUCUUUCUGGCUGGAAACAGGUUUCCAUGAGUGAAAGGGAUGUUCCCUUUGCAUGGAACUAGUCGUCAAUGAUCCGGGAACAUAAGACUAUCCUGGAAAAUCCAUGUUUCUUUAGUUGUCCUUGAAUUCCCACUCAUAACCAACCUUGUGGUUAUUACAUUUCAGAUAUCCAUGAUUCCUUUAGAAUCUUGAUACUAUACAUCAAUAAAAGGGAAGAGUUGCC